AUGCCGUACAGCGGGGGCGACUGCCGUAAGGUGGAGCGCCAGCUGACUGAAGUGCGCACAGUGGUGGCCUCCAACAGCGCCUUCGCCGCCCUGAGAAAGGAUGGCUCGGUCGUGACCUGGGGCGACGCGGCCAAGGGCGCCGAAAGUCAGGAGGUGGUGACCUGGGGGAAGAUGGAGUAUGGAGGUGACAGCCGCAGCGUCUCAGCCGCCUUGCGGGAAGAACCGCUCAAGCUCAUCGUGGGCACGCGCAACAGCUUUUGUGCGCUACGCCGCAGCGGCACCGUGGUCACCUGGGGCCAUGACCUCACGGCGCUCGACGCGUCAUGCCCCGUCGGCCUCGCCGACGUCGAGACCGUGGUGCCUUCAGACUACGCCUUCGCAGCGGUGCGGGCGGAUGGGACGGUGGUGACGUGGGGCGACCCAGAAGGAGGUGGUGAUAGCAGCCAUGUACAAGAACAGCUGAAAGAUGUGCAGCAAAUCCAUGCGUCUGCACUGGCCUUUGCUGCAGUCCUUGGGAAUGGACCCUCGGUUUGUUUUUUUGGUUCAAUCUUUGUAGGUGCUUUGUGA